UUUUUAUUCAAAGAUCUGCUCCAACUAUGUAUUAGACGCUCUCUGUUGUCGCUCAGCGCGAAAAACUUUCAGUGAAAAUAAUUGAAUUCGCCUGAUUAUAAUCUUUAGAUCGGCUUAUAUAAAUACGUAUGUAUAUACUUUACCAAGUCACUCCGUGUCGAAAAGUGUAUCGCAAUAAUAACAUAAAUAUUACGUCGAUAUCAACUUGCCUUAGCCAUAAAAAAAUUGUGAAAUUGUAUCAAAUGGUUUCUUUAGCGCCAAGAAUUAAACUUAGCAAUGGUCAGCAGAUUCCAGCAAUCGGUCUCGGCACUUGGCGAUCGCAUGAAUCAGAUGCAGAGCGUUCGGUAAAAGAUGCGAUAGAUUUAGGUUACAGACAUAUCGACACAGCAUUCGUAUAUGAAAAUGAAAAGGAAGUUGGAAGUGCUAUCAAUUCAAAGAUUGCUGAAGGUAUCGUUAAUCGUGAAGACAUAUUUGUUGUCACAAAAUUGGGUGGCAUUCAUCACGAUCCACAAUUAGUGGAGCAUGCUUGUCGCAAAAGUCUCUCCAAUCUGGGAUUAAGCUACAUCGAUUUAUAUCUGAUGCACUUUCCUGUAGGUCAAAUUCACAAAGGUGACGAUAAUGUACACGGAACAUUAGAACUCUCCGAUGUAGACUACCUGGAUACUUGGCGAGCUAUGGAGAAGUUAGUGGAUUUGGGCUUAGUAAUCGGAAUUGGUCUUUCUAACUUCAAUAAGCAACAAACACAGCGCAUAUUACAAGAGUGUCGCAUACGUCCUUUAGUCAACCAGGUGGAGUGCCACCCAGGCUUUAAUCAAAAAAAACUAAUUGCGUUUUCAAAACAAUGUGAAAUUGUUAUCACAGCGUAUUGCCCUUUAGCACGGCCCAAGCCAGAUCAACAGUGGCCACCAUUCCUUUACGAUAGUACUGCAAAGGAUUUAUCUAAAAAAUAUGGAAAAACACCAGCACAAAUAUGUUUACGUUAUCUGGUACAAUUGGGCGCUAUACCGAUUCCAAAAUCGGUUUCCAAGAGUCGCAUAGCGGAAAAUUUUGCAAUUUUCGAUUUUGAAAUAAACGACGAAGAUAUGAAAAUAAUUGAUGACUACAAUACCGGUCAGCGAUUGAUACCUUUUUCUGGUAUGAGUCACCACAAGUAUUUUCCAUUCAAUUCCAACGACGAGUAGCAAUUUAUAUAUUAUUAUAUAUGUAUAUAUGUUUGUAUGUUUGUUUUAAAUAAAUAUAUACUUACAUAUUACUUAUAGAUAUAUGUAAAUUUUACACAAUUAAAAGUUUUUUUUUUGUACAAUUAUACAUUGUACAAAUGUAAAUAUAUAGAACUGUUGGAAAUUGAAAUUUAUCUACAGACCACUUAUAUAAAAUAUGUGCCUCUGACACAAAUAAUUUAUUGGUAUCCAAUAUACAUAUGUAUAUCAAUAAAAAAAAUAUUAAUUCAUAAUUUCAUGCAAAAAUUAUAAUUCACGGUUCUAAUUAUGUUUAUAACAACCGAACCCUAUGUUAAAACGCUACCCGAUUUAAUUUCCAAUAUAAACCCUGAAGAUAUACGUUGAAAAAAUUUUCAUAACCCAAUUCGAUAUAAAUAUAUGUAUAGUCAAUGAAAAUUAAAAGUUUGAAUUUAAAAAAUUGUAUACCUCUACAGCCGAUGACUUUGUUCCUCGAAGUAAUCGUGUAAUAAAACACAGAUUAUUGAUAAACUACAACACCCGGCCCACUUCACUAGUCUUUAAAGCUUUAAUAAUAUAAUAGAGCAAUUUUUUGUUGAAUAUUUUAUUUUUAUUACACAAUUUUACAUUUGAAAUUAAAUGCAUCAAUUUGAAAAAAUUAGAAUUGAUUUCGAAAAAACUAAAACCUAAGCUUUUUCAAAGAAAUACAUAAACUCUUAAACAGAGCUUUAGUCUCUUAUAUUUUUAUUCGUUUUAUUUAUUAUUAAAAUACUUAUGUUUUUUUUUAGAUGGUCUCAUUGCUAAACAUUAAGUUAUCUGGAAAAAUGGAUGCGUCGAUUUUUUAUAUAUUAUAUUUUGUUGUUUAUAUAAACCGUAGUUUUAAAAUUUUUAUAUAAGACAUUUUUCUUCAAAAUGGUAGGUUUCGUGUUUUGUUUUAAAUAUUACAAAAUUAUUACCAUCGAUCUUCUUAGUAUUUAUUACUGGUAGUAAAAUGUAGCAAAAUUCACAAAUACUUAUUUUUUGUUGUUUUUGGUGGUUGUUUAUUCUUUUGUUUUUAUAUUACUUAUUGUAUUUCAAAAACAAAAAAUGGAGACAACAAAAUCUAUACUAAUGCAUUCAAAAAUAUUGUUUUGAUAUUUAGAAAUGAUUUUCUUGCUGCUUGCACUCUCGUGUUUGUGCAUAUGUGCGUGUAUGCAUGCAGAUUUUGCAGAUUUGUUGCAGUUCCCACUUUUUAACCCACAAAUACCUCUCCUAUUUUAAAACCUACAGUUCCCAAUUGCCGUUUUUUUUUUGAUUCUUAAUUAUCAGGAUC